CACCAGAAAACAUGUUUAUUAUGGAGCUACAACAUUGUUGUUAUUGUGGAACACUCCUUUACAGUAGGUGGCGGUGUCCAACUUUCAACUCUACCAUCCAGCAUAAGGAAACAUAAUCUCACCAGCUAAAAACAAAGCUAGCCAGCGAUGUGUAGUUUCUGAUAUGAUUCUCUUUAUUUUAAUAGCUAGCUAGAUAACUGUAAAUUAUCAUAACAUAGAAAACAUAAAAACUGUUUCAUUGAAAAGGGGCCAAAAGCGUCGGGGGACAAUGUCGGGUUCCGUGGUCGAGUUCCAGGCGCAGAUAGCCUCAAUCAUGGAGGUGCUAGCCAACGCGGCUGUAGCCGAAAUCUGCAAAAUUGUUGACGAUGGCUAUGCUGUUGUACACCUGGAGAUGUCCCAAAGCCACAAGGACAACGACUUUCUCCGGAGGAAAUUGAAAUUGAUGGAAUUUCAGAUCGCGAGGUUUCGGGCUGAGAGAAUAAAGUCUUCAGAGGGGUCCGUCCACAAUCGCUUCCAUGGAAUACGCCUCCUAAACAGACACAACCAUCGAGAGAAGGCAAUGACAGGACCUACUUGGCAAAGCAGAGCCAGACUUUCGAACAGGAGUUUUGGGAACAGCAGCAUUCAAAGAGACAGACAGCCCAUAGACGUGGACCAAGACGAUGUCUCUCCAUCAAAGCAUAUGGAGGCUACAAGUAAUGAGCAGUCAGCAGAGACAGAGGAAGGGGAACCAGACCUGCUAAUCAUCAAGGAUGAGGGGGAAGCAGAUGACCAGGACUCUAGGAUCAGCCACCCAGCUAGAACAAUGGAGGGCAGCAGAGAACUAACCACCCAACCGGCUGCAGCCACCACAGAGGACCCCGCCUUCCAGCUCAGUGGCCCCAGAGGCAACAACAACUACAACACCGCUAUGGAGCAGUCAGGAGAGACAGAGGAAGGGGAACCAGACCUGCUGAUCAUCAAGGUGGAGGGAGAAGCAGAUGACCAGGACUCUAGGAUCAGCCACCCAGCUAGAACAGUGGAGGGCAGCAGAGAACUAACCACCCAACCAGCUGCAGCCACCACAGAGGACCCCGCCUUCCAGUCCAGUGGCCCCAGAGGCAACAACAACUUCAACAACACCGCUUUGGAGUUCCCAGUUGUCUUGAAAGCACCAUACAUCCAGAGAAUGCCUGACUUUGAUGACAAAGUUUGA